UGCAGCUUAUGGUCGACCCGGAUUGUAGUGCCUACUCCCACCUGUCUUGUCCUCCGUGAGUGCAGUCAGCACACUCGCCCGCUCGGCUCUGCGCCUCACCGCCCUGCUGCACAGCGCUGCCGCAUCGUCGGCAGCCUCGCUCCGCCACAACGUGGACCUCCUGAUUCUCUUCCUCGACAGCAGCGACCGGCCUCCUUAAGACGAGCUCCGUCCCGCCGCCCGCCGUUGCUGCUCGCCCCAUCUCGACGCCAGUCUCUCGCCGCGCCAGAUCAAGCAAGCGCCGCUGAGCGCAGUUCGUCAUGGCGCCGAAGAGCACUGUCCUCCUGCCGGCCAGGCGCGACUCGCCCGGCACGAAGCCGGCGCCGCUGCCAUCGCCGCUGCGCGAAGGCGCAGCCGCAAAGGCGCCGCACGUCGACGAGCAUCCGCCGCUGCAGAGCGAGGACGCCGAGCCGCCCGCUCCCCGGCGCACGGGCUCCUUUGGCCGCGGUCUGGGCCUGCACGCACUGAGCAGCAUGACGCUCGGCCGCGCUGGCGACUCGGUGUCGCUGCCGGCAUUCGCGAAGCGCAGUGCCGACGGCAGCAAGACGCCGCCGGCGCAGGGCGGCACGCCCAGGACGACCUCGGACUCCUCUGCCAAGGCGCGCGACGGCCUCAUGGGCCCGCCCGCGACUCCCGAUCCCAGUCACCUGGCGCACUUCAGUCUGCGGCUCAGCGAGCUUGUCAACCGUGCCUUUCAGCCCUGCAUCGCGACGUCCACCGGCUCGAACGGGGCUUCUAGCACGCUGACAAAUGGAAGUGUCGCUGCGCGCAUCGUUCCAUCGGCCGCCGCUCUGCCCGCCGUGCCGCAGGCACCCGCACUGCACGCCGUCACCUAUCAAGGCCAUGCGCUGCCCUCUGCCGCCCGUGCGACCGAGCUGGCCGAGACGGUCACGACGGAGCUGCGCUAUGCCGCGCAUCUGGACGACUAUCUGCUCCGUGCAGUGUCACGCGCCGCCGUCAAGGCGCUCAGCCUCUUCGCCGAGCGCAUGGAUGCCUUGCUCAUCGCUCCUCAGCGAGACGGUGCCGCCGCGUUUGUCCCGCUCGCGGCAAAGGACGGCGCCUCGCCUCCUGCUGCGCUCGAGUACAACCUCGGACUCGUAGCCAUUCUUUGGACCGUCGAGGACGCCUUGGAGAAGUGUGUCGAGGGCGACGACGCCGGCUCAGAGCCCAUGCCGCACUUCGUCGCCGAGAUCUUGGCCUCUGUGCGGCAGCGCAUGGACCGCUCGAUUCUGCACAUUGUGCAGCCAAUUCUGGUGGCGAUCAAGCUCGGCCUCGUGCUCUCUCUCGGCGGCGCCGUACCCGUGCCCUUCGAGGCGUCCGACGCGCUGCUUCUGUGCGCCGACGGCCUCGCGACGCCCGCUUCAGCGGCGACAAAGACGAACGCUGCCGUCCCGGCCUGGUUCCGCGAGUUUGAGGGCCGUGCAGAGGGUGCUCGGCGCCUGCUGCUGCCCCGACUCGAGAGUCGCUGCGGCAUCGACGGCGAGGGCUGGUACGUUGGCAUCGCAGUCCACACCAUCUGGAAGGGCCUGCUGCGCCUGACGGCCAAGCCGAUGCCUCUGCCUCUCGCGCUUGUUGACGCGAGUGCCGCUGCGCACGUCGACGUCGACUGCGACGUGCGACAGAAGGCGCGCAGUCCGACGCCGGCCCAGCUAAGCAACGCACUGAAGGCCGUCGCUGGCGUGACUCGGCCGCGGCGCAAAGGCGAAGAGUCUCGGCCUGCUUCGCGCCAAGGCAACCACGACGGCUCGAGCUCCACGCCUCGAUCGCCGUCCCUGCCGGCAGUCGGCACAGCCGGCGACAGCUCCAGCAUCAGCGCUCACUUGCGCGCCUCGCAGUGCCAGGCCUUUGAGCUCGGCUUGUUCGAGAAGCAGAUGGUACGCUUCGCCGAGGGCUUCAGGCCCAAGGGCGCGCCGCAUGCAGAGGCCGAGGAGACGGACGACUCCGACGCCGACGAGCUGGCCCGCGCUGCGCUGGAAGAGGCCUUGCAGGCCAUCCGACACACCUCCGUCGUAGCGGCGCAUCUCGACAAGAACCCGCAGGCCGUGCUACUGGGCCUGCGCCUGCUGCGAGAGGGCAAGAGCCGCGAGGCAGCUGGCUCGUCGGCACUCGGCUCGGAUGUCGCGCGCGCUCUGCGAGCAAUCCCGCCGCUUCUGCUGCUGCACCUCGUCUACGCUCGGGCGCCUCAGAGUCCAAUCUUCCAGGUCGUCGGCACCUCGCCUGGCGAUGCCGAACCGCCGAGGGCGCGCGUGCCCUCGCCUCCGGCGCUCUUCGGCCUGACGUGGCCCGACUACUCUCGCUCGCUUGCAGGCUUCGCCAGCGGGGAUGCGUGGGCUCUCGCCUGCGCGCGCGGAUGGUCGGAAGGGAUCGAGCUGGCCUGGAGCGAGGUGCAUGCGAAUCUUAAGAACCUGAACGAGGAGCUCGAGAACGAGGAGGCGAGCGCCGAGAGUGCCAGGGCAGCACCGUCCGACGACACGGCUCUUCGGCCAAGCGACCCUUCUCCCGCAGACGAGCUGCCCGCCCGUCCGAAGUCGACGCUCAGCCGCAGGUCAAGUGUCAGCGAGCACGAGGCGCUGCCCGACAGCAUGACCCAGUCGCUGCCGACGCUCGACGGCUCUGACCAGGCCCUCGCACCCGCGGCCGACGACGGCGAGGACGGUCCUUCAGAGCUUCAGCCGUCCGGCUCGCCCGUCGCAAAGAAGCGCUGGGCACUGCUGCGCCGCUCUCGCCUCGGGCAGUUCCAGGGCGCAUCCGCACGAGCGCACGACGCUUCCGCGCCGUUGUCUACUGCACCGUCGCCGGACAAGUCGCCCGUUCUCGCCCCUGCUUGCGACGCCGACAGCAAGCCCACGUCGCCAGGCCCGGCAGGUGCGGCAACGCCUCGACGCGGAGCCUUCUGGCGCGCAUCGUCCGCCGGCCCGGCGCCCUUCCGCCUCGCUCUGCCGCUCUCGCGAUCCUCCUCAGCACGCGGCUCCGUGCCUCUCAGCGCGCCCGAGGCGCUCGGCGCUGCGCCCGACGCCACCGGCCCACCGGCGUCCGCGUCGCAGGCACUUCUGCGCAGCCAGAUCCACGCUGCACGGUGCGAGCUCGCUGCACUCAACCUGCUCGCCCGAGCCGCCGAAGCAGUCAGCGCCAGCCUUGGUACGCCUCUCGAUGUGCACACGCCCCAAGCCGACGACAUCGCAGACGCAGACGCAGGAGCUGCAGCGCCGUGCGCGUCCCAGCCCAACAUACUCUAGCGCAGCUCGAGCAAUGCAGUUCAAGUGCUCGCAUCCACUAGAGUGAGACAAACGGCGCUGUGCUGACCAUCCAGCUUGCGCGAAGACAGGCGGUGAUAUCUCUGGGCGAGCUCAGCAGCAGGCGGUCUGAGGACCAGCGGCAGGACGGAGGGGGCGUGCGGCGGCGGUGGCAUGGCGCUGGCGGCGCGUUGCUAUUCAACG